UGAACAUCGCAUUAUACCGUGACUACCUCGACACUAUUCAUGUAUUUCAACAAAGUAAGUUUAUGUUAAAAUAUUCACUAUCUAGACUUUGGUGACCCUUAUCACUGGCGUGGUAUUAACUGCAUAUAACUAAGGUAUCCGUGAGUUUAAAUUAGACUAAAAAAGUCGACAUGAGUGCUUUCCACGUACUGGGUUUCAUCACUGCGCUACUUGUUGUUAUAAAAGUGUACCUCAAACUCACCACCGGAUGGUGCAAAAGUAAAGUUUGUCUUGUGGGGAAGACUGUUAUUGUGACUGGAUCGAAUACAGGAAGCAGGACGUUGAGCAUGACUACUGACGUCCCAUGGUAUUGGAUAUGAAGCAGCUUUGGACUUUGCAAAAAGAGGUGCCAGGGUCAUCUUGGCUUGCAGAAACGAAGACAAAGCGAUAGAUGCAAGAGACAGAAUCAUCAAAGAUACCUUAAACGAAAAUGUAGUGGUGAAACAACUCGACUUUUCGAGGCUGUCAUCAGUAAGAAACUUUGCCAAAGAGAUUUUGGAAACAGAGGAGAGGCUUGAUAUUUUAGUUAAUAAUGCCGGUAUGGCAUCCACUAAGAACAAGGUAACAGAAGAUGGGUUUCAGCUUGGAAUCCAAAUUAAUUACCUUGGACCAGCUUUGGCGACAUUUCUGCUAUUAGAUCUGCUGAAGAAGUCUGCUCCAAGUAGAAUAAUCAAUGUGUCAUCAUUCUUGGCCGCUCAUGCUGAUCUGAGCGUAGACAGUCUGGAUAAAUUAUACCAAGGACCAUACUACACAUACAACAACAGUAAAUUAUGCAAUAUUUUCUUCACAAUCAAACUGGCCCAACUGCUGAAAGACGACCAAGUAUAUGUGUUUUCCUUACAUCCAGGCACUAUAAAGACUAACAUCUUCAGAGUCAUCAGAGGUUGGGGGAAAAAUAUUUUAGACCCAAUCAAGGAAAUUUAUUUUAAGACUCCGGAAGAAGGGGCACAAACUACAUUACACACAGCUCUCGAACAAGGGAUUGAAAAGUAUUCCGGAGGACAUUUUUCAGACUGCAAGCUGAUACGACCCUACAAGUUGGCUCAAAAUGAAAAGCUGUGCUCAGAUGUUUGGAACAAGACCUUAGAGCUACUCAACAUACCGAAUAUUGAAAACAAGUUACUAAGUAAAUAUUAAUAUAAAACAUCGCAGUUUUUACCCUGCUUUCCAUAUUGUCACUAGUCCCACCCCGUAAAGAUUUACACGCACCAGCUCGCUAGCUCACGAACAGAUAAAUCAUAUCCGCUUAGAAAUAUGCACAUCGUCGGUAAAUAGUGCAUAAAAUAUGAAGUAUUUGCUGUGGAUUUGGGGGGUUCUAUCGGUUUACAAAAACCAAUGGGGCUGACACUUGCAGGCAUUCCCUCUCUGGGGGCAAUCCCCCUCGGGGGUCAACUCUUACCAUUGUAUCCUGCGCAGAGACCAGCUGUUCUCUAUACUUAAAUAUUCAACACAAUAUUUAUUUGUGAGUAGUUUCGAGUUGUUUCUUCAGCAGCACUUUGCAGCGCACAAGCGAAAGUCUUAUCAGCCCUGAGCAAUUAACCCCCAAAUUACAAUAGUGAGAUAUUUGGUGUAGGCUCCUUUCCGAUCGAUUUUGUGGUACCUUUGGUUAUUAGCCUACCGAUAUGUACGAGAUAUAUUUGGUGGAGGCACUUUAUAAACUGAGCUGGGCAUUUUUGUGCUUUUGUGUAGGUACUUGAUCUUUAUACAUGAUCUGUAAAAGAUCACAGCUCUACAAAAGACGUCCUAAAAAUGCACGAUAUAAGCAUGGUCAAAACACUGACAUAAUGUCACACCGAUACUAGGGUUCUGCUUAUUACGGUAAUUUUCAUGUGCGUUUUAGUACUAAUAAAGUACAUUUUUUCAAUUCAUUCAUUGCGUCUUAUUUUUCUGCGAUUAUACCUGAGAUUUUGUUUUGCUCAAAGAUGGUUUCUGUUUAUCAGUUUAGAUGCUGUGAAUCGCUAUAAACGUUCAACCAUUUUUUUAUUUUUAGUUUUUAUUCAGCGCUAUACUAGAUAGGUUCAUAUGCAUCCAC